AUGGCUUAUAAUGGUGGAAAGGAACCUUUGCUAUCAGAACAACAUGAUAUUCAGGAAGCCAAGCCUCAGAAUGACCAUAUGGUUUCAACCAAACGCAGAAAACUAAGACGAAGCAAAAGCGCGCCAAUGGUGGAAUCUGUUCUUCAUGAAUCCAACUUCAACCGAUUUCUCGAAGGUCCAAAACCAAUCGUUGAUCAACUCAAUCCUCAUUACAAAAGGGUAGCCGCCUACUUGUUCAUUUACCUUGGCAUAAGUACAGUCUUGUUUUUCCUAGUUGGAAACCGGAUUUCAGGAGUGAAAACAUAUGGCAUUCUUGAUUCGAUCUAUUUUUGUAUUGUAACCAUGACAAUGGUUGGGUAUGGAGAUCUUUUACCAAAUAGCAUUGCAACAAAACUACUCGCUUGCGCUUUCAUGUUCUUUGGUAUGGCCCUUGUUGGACUUUGUCUAAGUCGUGUUGUAGACGCUUUGGUGGUAAAUCAGGAAAUAUUACUUAUCAAAGCGAUCCAUUUGCGUCGAGAGGCUAAUUCAAUGGAGACGCUUACAGAAAUGGAAACUAACCGAGUGAAAUACAAGUGUAUUAGAUUUUCCAUCUUGAUGGUGAUUCUCAUGGCUUUCGGGACUAUAUUUUUAACCACGGUUGAGAAGAUGGAGAUUGUCGACGCCUUUUAUUGUGUUUGUUCGACAAUCACAACGCUAGGUUAUGGAGACAAGAGCUUCUCUACUCCGGUUGGGCGUGUAUUCGCCAUAUUUUGGAUAUUAAUGAGCAUUGUAUGUUUAGCCCAGUUGUUGUUUGCUUUUGCUGAGCUAUAUAUCGAUAGCAGGCAAAGAUCACUGGUUAAAUGCGUACUUACGGACCUAGAAGCGGCCGAUCUUGACUACCACUACCGAGAACGAUGCGGAUUGAUAUAAAACACGUUUAAAUAUCACAUUUGACAUAUUCUCGCGUUUAUCAUUUGGCUACACGGACCUCUUGUUGUAAAUACAUCUUUAUAUUUUGUAGAGUAAAGAUCCCGUCCAAACAUCAAUCGUA